GGCGGGGGCCGGGGUGACUCAGCCGCCGCUCGCCCCGCGGUCCGCGCGUCCGCCGGCCUCGCAGGCGGGGCGGAGAAAAUGGCGAUGCCCCCGGCCGCCGUGCCCCCCGCCCGGGCCCGGGAGCCGCCGGGGCCCCGCGCCGCCGCCGCCAACGCCGCCAACGCCGCGCCGCCGCUCGGCCUGCAGCAGCUGUCGGCGCUGCGGCCCGAGCCGGGAGAGGUCCCGCUGCACUCGCCCUGGACCUUCUGGCUCGACAGAUCCCUUCCUGGUGCCACAGCUGCUGAGUGUGCCUCGAAUCUGAAGAAAAUCUACACAGUACAGACAGUGCAGAUAUUCUGGAGUGUGUAUAAUAAUAUCCCUCCUGUGACCAGCCUGCCUCUGAGAUGUAGUUAUCACUUAAUGAGAGGAGAGAGGCGACCACUUUGGGAAGAGGAGAGUAAUGCGAAGGGUGGCGUAUGGAAGAUGAAAGUCCCCAAGGACAGCACGUCCACAGUUUGGAAAGAGUUGUUGUUAGCGACAAUCGGGGAACAGUUCACAGACUGUGCCGCUGCAGAUGACGAAGUCAUAGGAGUCAGUGUCAGCGUUCGGGACCGGGAAGAUGUCGUCCAAGUCUGGAAUGUAAACGCCUCUCUAGUGGGUGAAGCGACCGUGUUAGAAAAGAUCUAUGAACUUCUGCCCCACAUAUCUUUUAAAGCAGUAUUUUAUAAACCCCAUGAAGAGCAUCAUGCUUUUGAAGGUGGACGUGGAAAACACUAAUUGCACACUCUGUAAAGAAUUCUUUGUCCUUUGCUGAUUGGUUUUGGAAACGGUCUUAACAGGAGGGAGAGUGAAGAGAAGACUUGCCGAAGCCCGAUGCUGGUCCAUGUAGAGUGGGUUUCUGUCCUUGCAGACGGGGCGAUUAGGGCUCAAAGUGGCAGGUGGGGUUGGGGGGACUGUGUGGGUUUCUACCGUCACAUUACUUGCUUUUUUUCUUUUUUUUUUCCUCUCUCUCUCUCUUUUGCUUUCUAAAUUCUCUGUUCUUUUCACUCUGGGUUUUUUUGGGUUUUUUGUUGUUGUUGUUCUUUAUUUCCUUUUAAAUUUCCUUAUUCAGUCUAAUUAUUGUUUUCUAUACUCCCCUUUCAUGGAGGCACAAGAAAUCGGUUUCCCUUUGAGUAGCUCUGCUGUACCUAGUUCAUGAGAAUAUGCCUAAUCGUGACAAUACUGCUUUUGAAAACCACACUGUACUUGGAGGAAUACUAGCUUGGUGAAACCUGUCUUGAUUAUUUGUUGUGACACAUUCCUUAAGACUGUGCACUGGGCAUUGUUUUUUUCUGUCCCAGGGAAAAGAAAAACCACACUUAAUCUGAUUUUGCACUGACAGCACACACAUCUUUUAUUUUUCCUUUUUAAACUUUUUUUUUUUUUUUAGCAAUAAAAGGAAAAUAAUAGUUGGGUUGCCGAACAUGAAAACUAUAAUCACAGUUGAAUAUUUCAGGAUAUAAAUCAAACUCGAGGUCUUCACACCAUCUGUGGAAGUAUUUCUAACCAGAAUUUCAAUUUGGCCUUCUUGAAGGAUAGGCAUAGAGUGGUGGCAAUGGAUUUCUCCGGGUAGGAGACCUUGUAUUUCUGAUUUGAAGAGGUAGAGGUAUUGUAAUUCUUUGCAUUAAAGCUACUUCUGAAUUUUGGAUGUGUGUGCCCAUUUAGGGCUUUCCAAAUCCUUUCAAACACACUUUGUUAGAUUAUCCCUUUUUCCUGCUCACAUUGUAUAUGAUUUCCAAUAAUCAAUAGUCUUCCUGCCUGGGCAGCUCUCCCCUGCCUUUGUCAUUUAGGAGCAGGAAGGUAAAUCUCAUUUCCAAGAUGAAUGUGAACAUUGGCAAAGUGGAACGUAGAGUGCAUUCUGUUGAUAUUAAUUUUUGGAAUUGUUGAUAUAUAUUGUAUUAUGUUACCAAAGAAAUGCCAGUUUUAGUAGAAGGAAACGGCCACCCUCUGGAACACUGAGACUCUUUCCAAAAUGUGCCAAUUUCCCUCUCUCGACUCUGCCAAGCCUCCUACUGCUGUUAUUUGAAAAAGGCGGGGCCAUUUGAAGACACUUCCUCUUCCUGGCUUUUUCUGAGUCCAGGGAGCUAGUGCACGCUUAUACGUGUCACAGAAAGGACCCUGUGCUCAGAACUUCAUUGUACCCAGGAUUUUUAAUACCUCUUGCAGUAUCGACCAGCAGAGAGAGGUGGGGCCUCUUCAAGCCUCCAGCCUGUGUUUGUAAAUAAAAUUCUCCCAUCAAACAUUUUUAAAUACUUCCCGAUAUCUAUUUAUAAAAGUUGUGCCCUUCACUUGCAUUGCUAACCAUAUCAACCAUAAUCUCAAUGAUCACAUUCAUGAAAACUUCCUUUGUUUCUAAACUGACUUUCCUCAGCGAUUUCAGAAUGAGGUAUAAGGAUAUCAGACCCCUUUUUUCAAAAGCCUGGAACUUGCUUUCUUAACAUUGUACUAACAUCCAACUUAUUUUUAAAUUAUUCAUCAAGGAUUUUAAAAAAAAAUUAUUCUGAACAUGAAUUUAAAUUCUUUUUUAUAAUAUAAGUAUUUUUCUGAUAGACUAGAAAAAAAGGAUGAUUGACCUAUCUUCAUUUUAAUUGUCAUAUAUAUUUCCAUAAGUAAAUGGAUUUUGAAGUAUUUUUAUUUUUUUUGAACUUUAUUUAAAGCAUUGUGAUGACAUGUUCAGCUUCUGCAUGUAUGUAGCCUUUGAAGAAAAAAAAUAAAUAGGAAUGCUAGGCUCACA